AUGUGCUCGAUUCAUGCUGGAUUUCAGAUUUUCCAGCCACAAUGGAGAAGCAAGAACACCCGAUUCUUAUUUCUUCUCAAUCCCAACACAAACUUCGUCUUCUUCCCUCGCGCGAUUUCUUCUUCGGACAACGAUAGUUCAGUUUCAUUUUCCAGACAAAACAACCGACAGAUGGGUUAUGAUCCUUCAGAUGAACUGUUUGGUGUUGAUUUCAAACCCAGGAAUGCGUCCGGUGAUUCGCGUGAGCCAAGGUCAUGGUUUGGUCCUAACGGUCAGUACAUUCGAGAGCUUCCGUGUCCCACUUGUAGAGGAAGAGGUUAUACUUCAUGCUCAGAUUGCGGAAUCGAGAGGUCCAGAUUGGACUGUCCUCAAUGUAAAGGAAAGGGGUUAAUGACUUGUCUCAGAUGUUUGGGAGAUUGUGUCAUUUGGGAAGAAUCAAUCGAUGAACGACCUUGGGAGAAAGCUAGAUCCAGCUCUCCAUUUAGAGUAAAGGAGGACGAUGAGGUUGAUAACUUAGAGAUAAAGUUCAUUAGAAGGGAAAAGUCGAAGCGGAUUUACCAGUCACCACCUCCUGAAGUUGGAAAAAAGAUCAGCCGAUCUCUAAAAAGUCUCAAUGCCAAGACUGGAAUUUUUAGUAAGCGAAUGAAGAUUAUACAUCGUGAUCCUGUGCUUCAUGCUCAAAGAGUAGCUGCAAUUAAGAAAGCUAAAGGAACACCAGCUGCUAGAAAGCAUGCAUCCGAUUCUAUGAAAACUUUCUUCAGUAAACCUGAAAACCGUGAACAGAGGAGCUUAUCCAUGAAAGGAAUAAAGUUUUACUGCAAGAACUGCGGACAGGAAGGCCACAGACGCAAUUACUGUCCAGAACUGGACGCUAAUGCAGACAGAAGAUUUAGAUGUCGGGUUUGCGGCGAGAAAGGCCAUAACCGUAGAACCUGUCGUAAGUCGAAAUCAACGGUCACUAAAAGCAUUUCCACAAGGUACCAUCGAUGUGGAAUAUGCGGUGAGAGCGGUCACAACAGUAGAACAUGCCGGAAGCUGGCCAGAGUGAAACCAACCAGCGACCGUGGUGGCGAUUCUGAGGAAGAUGGUGGUGGUAAUAGAGCCCUUGGUUUUGCUCUUGAAGCAGAAAUAGCCAAUCACUUGAGUCCUCCUUUUGAGAUGGUUAUUUUGGUUUAG